AUGUCGCGCGCGGACGACGAGUGGGCGACGAGCGAGCGCACGUGGGCGUCGCUGUUCGGCGUGCUCGAGCGGAACGGGUACGCGAAGAAGAAAUUGUGGGCGCCGUUCGUGUACGACGGCGACGCGGGACGGCGGAUGCGAAGCGCGGGAUUCGAACGCGUGGUGCACAGACGGGCGGAUUUCUUUGAACGCGUGCGAGACGGCGUGUUCGUGCGGUCGCUGGAUGCGGUGGUGGAUAAUCCGCCGUACACGGGGAAAGGGAUGAAGGAACGGAUAUUGAAGGCGCUGCGAGACGCGGAGGUGCCGUUUUGUUUGUUGCUGCCGCUGGGAGUGUUGCACGCGGCGUUCGUGAGGGACAUUCUGGAGGAGACGCACGUGCAGGUGAUCGUGCCGAGGAAGUGUUACGUGUUCAAGAAGGGAGGGACGGAGGUGCCGUUUAAGUUUUUGUGCUGGUUGUGCUAUAAGAUGGAGCUGAAGCGCGACUUGUACUUCAUAGACUGA